UGUGUGUGUUUGAGCGCGCUCCAAAAAUUUAUUCGACAAGUUUUCUGACCCCUUGCUUUCUCAGCUGUGGUCAUUCAAAGUGAUCCAAAGAAUCCUAGUUUGAUUCUCUGGAUCAUCUAGCCAAAAUUGAUCUCAUUUAUUUAUUGAUGUUUGAAAAUUUCUGAAUAAAAAACAUGGACAAAUCUCCAUUGAAAACACCGACAAAAAAACGUCCACGAUCCGAUUCAUCAUCAUCGCCACGAUCAUCACCAAAAUUUAUGAAACCAUCAGAAUUAUUUCGUCGACGAUUGCAACAGCAACGGAAUACAAAUGUAAAGAAAAAUUUUUCACCAAGCAAAGCUACAGCUGCUUUACGAAGAUGUAAAUUACCAAUUGAAACAGUGGAGAAAAUUUAUUCACCAUUAAAAUGUUUACAACAGCAAUCUACCACCAACAACAAUUCGUCCUCAUCAUCAUCAUCAUCAACUAAAUCACCAAAACAAAGAACUUUUUCACCAUUGAUGAAAAAAUUAUUGCGUUCACCACGGCGUUGUAGUAAUAAUAAUUCACAGAUUUCAUUCCCGGUUGUUCGACGUUCAUUAUCACAGGUAUCGAAUGGAAAUAAUAAGAAAAAUACAUUCACACGUGUAUUGGAUUUCAAUGAUGAAAAUGCACAGAUAUCAUUUCCUUCAUUUCAACAACAUCAACAGAAGAAUGUUAUUGUUUCGGAUUUUUAUCCAUUAUGUUCACCACAAAUUGAUUGGACUAAAACACGAAUGAAAAUUGUUUUUAAUCGUUCAAUACCAUUUAAUGGUACAUUUAAUUCAUUAGAUGAAUCUAAUGGUUUAAAUCAAUUUGUUCGUGGUACAUCAAACAAUAAUAAUGAUCAACAAUCAAUGAUUGAUAAUAGUAUUAUUGAUUCUACAAAAACGGAACAGAAUUUCUGUUCUGAACUUCAACGUAAUUGUUUAGUAUGGCAAUAUCCACAUUUAUCAUGGAUGCGUCUAUUUCCACGACAACCAGAAUUGAAACCAGGCUCUCAUGUAUCAUCAAUGAAACCGCCAAUGUUUCAAAUAUCACCAACAGGUUCAAUUGCUGAUUCAUUAUAUUCAGAUUUUUGUAUAGCUCUUCAUUCAUUAUUUAAAUUACUAAAAACAAAAUAUUGUCCAUAUUUUUAUCUUUGUGCCAAUAAUUUCACCAUAUUAUUUCGUGCAUCCGGCAUAACCAAUGCAAAUGAUGCACAUGCAUUAAUCACACCAACGACGAUUGGUUUUAGACGUUUACUUGAAACAGAAGGAAUCCCGUUUGAAAUGCCAUUUUAUGAUAUGAAUCAAUCAUCAUCAUCGACUACCAUUGGGAAUCGAAAUGAUGAAAAUUCCAAAACAUCUACAUCAUCUUCAGGUAUUGAAAUGGAAGAUUUUAGUAGCGAUGAUGAUGAUGAUGAUGAAGAUAUAAAUGAUAAUGAUGAAAAAGAUGAAGAAUCUUCGAAUCUAUGGUUAGAAAGUUUAGGACUUAGUCAACAAGAUUUUCCAAGUUUGGAAACAUCAUCAUUAAGAAGACGUCGAUUAAUGACAAGUUCAGAGGAUGGUGGUGGUGGUGCUGGUAAAAACAUCAGAAAAAAACAAAUCGAAGAUCAAAGUGCUCAAGGCAAAGUUCGAAGUCUUAUACGUGUGAAUGGUAUCGCAAAUUUACAAUCAUUGUUAGGUUUGUUUAUUAAUCAACGAAAGAUUUGUAUUUCCACUUCUGGUCCUUUGGCUGGUAUUCCACCGACGAUAUUGGCACCUGUUGCAUUUCAUGGAGCAUGUUUACGUCCAAUUAUCGUUCGUCAUAAAACGGUGAACGCUGCUGCUUCCGACAUUGGAAUGGAUUCAAAUAAUCGAACGAUAACAACGCUGGAUUUUAAUGGACCAAUUUUACCGAAUGUAAUCUAUGGUCUGAAACAAUUAUUAAGACGAUUAUUUGGUCCACAACACCAGCAGCAGCAACAGGAAAAUUCAGCAACAAAAACCAAAAUAACCAUUAUACGUAGUACAUUACGUACAUAUGAUCAAAGUGCAUCAUUUGCCCUGGAAUCUGGUUUAAAACGAAUGAAUAAAGAAAAUCUAUUGAAUAAUCCAACAUUUUCUGUGGAAAAUCUUCAAGAAUCUGGUAUGGAUCGUGGAUUUUUAAUGGCAAUCUGUUUACCGGAUCGUCAAUAUCAUCAACCUAUUGGUGAUUUUGAAUUAUUAUCACAAGGUAUCCGUUAUAAUCGAUUUGUAUCGGGUAUAUUAUCGACAUCAACAACAGCGACAACAAAACCAUUGUUAGUAUCGACAUCAACGAAAAUGACAAAUAAUUUAAGUGGUAAUAAAAUAAAUUUAUCGAUUCCAAAUCGAUUAUAGCGAAAUGAAUGUUUUAAUCUAAUUUAAUUUAAUUUCCGGUAACAAAUUAACAAACAAAUGAAAAUUUUUUUUUUGCUUCGAUAUUCAUGCAUGUGUAGGUGGGUGAAUGGGUGUGUUGUCCAAUUCAUUUUUGUAAAAUUUUUAAUAAAUAAAAAAAAAUUUAAUUAAAAAAAAA